AGUCACAAGACCAGUCAGCUGAAUUUCUGUCUUUGCUGUGUCGCAGUGGUGUGAAAAACACUGGGUAAUUUUCAAUAGAUUUUCAGAAAUUCUGCUCUUGAAUUUGUGCGUUCGAGCGACAAGUGUUCCUCCAUAACAACCGCCGUCGAAGAAAAGCCAGCAAAAUGACUACCGCCCUGUAUUUGCCCGAGGAAAACAUCGAUAUGAUUGCUGCCACUUCAGUGCUGCAGCAGCAGGCCGCGGAUAUCCGCACCAGGACCAUCAACUGGGCCUCCUACAUGCAAUCGCAGAUGAUCAGCGAGGAGGAUUACAAGGCAAUCAGUACUUUGGACAAAUCACGCGGCACCUACCUGGCCCAGAACUCGAGUCAGGUGGUCAAGACCCUCCUCAACCUGGUCUCCCACCUGUCGAAGGACUCUACCAUCCAGUACAUUCUGGUGCUGUUGGACGAUCUGCUGCAGGAGGAUCGUUCCCGAGUGGAUCUCUUCCAUGAGACGGCCGGCAAACUGAAGCAGUGCAUCUGGGGACCGUUCCUGAACCUGCUGAACCGUCAGGACGGUUUCAUUGUCAACAUGUCGUCGAGGAUUCUGGCCAAGUUCGCCUGCUGGGGUCACGAGACUAUGCCCAAGUCUGACCUGAACUUCUACCUGCAGUUCCUCAAGGAUCAGCUGGCCACCAAUGGACUAGCUUAUCUCCAAGAGAUGGCCCAGCUGGCCAAGCGGACACAAACGAUCAUUGUGCACUCGCAUGGACAGCAUGGCAAAGACAAAGAUCACCAUGGCCAUCAGUACAGUCCCAACCUGGCCCAGCUGCAGCAGCAGCUCCAUUUGGCCAACGAGAGCUAUCGGGAGGUGGGCGGCAGUAGCAGUGACCAGCAGCAGGAAGGCAAAUGUGUGAUACCGAACAACGAAUACAUCCAGUCGGUGGCCAGGUGCCUGCAGAUGAUGCUCCGCGUGGACGAGUACCGAUUCGCCUUCGUUGGCGUUGAUGGCAUCAGCACCCUGAUCCGCAUCCUGUCGACCCGUGUCAACUUCCAGGUGCAAUACCAGUUGAUCUUCUGCCUGUGGGUGCUGACCUUCAACCCCCUGCUGGCCGCCAAGAUGAACAAGUUCAGCGUGAUCCCCAUCCUGGCCGAUAUCCUGAGCGAUUGUGCCAAGGAGAAGGUGACUCGCAUCAUCCUCGCGGUCUUCCGCAAUCUGAUCGAGAAGCCGGAGGAUUCGUCGGUGGCCAAGGACCAUUGCAUCGCCAUGGUCCAGUGCAAGGUGCUGAAGCAGCUCUCCAUUUUGGAGCAGCGUCGUUUCGACGACGAGGACAUCACCGCCGAUGUGGAAUACCUCAGCGAGAAGCUACAGAACUCUGUCCAGGAUCUGAGCUCCUUCGAUGAGUAUGCCACCGAGGUGCGCAGCGGUCGUUUGGAAUGGUCGCCGGUCCACAAGUCGGCCAAAUUCUGGCGUGAAAAUGCCCAGCGACUCAACGAGAAGAACUACGAACUGUUGCGUAUCCUGGUCCAUCUGCUGGAGACCUCCAAGGACGCCAUUAUCCUGUCAGUUGCCUGCUUUGACAUUGGAGAGUAUGUGCGUCAUUAUCCCCGCGGCAAGCAUGUCCUGGAACAGCUGGGUGGCAAACAGAUUGUGAUGCAACAUCUGGGCCACGAGGAUCCCAAUGUACGGUACGAGGCCCUGUUGGCCGUCCAGAAGCUGAUGGUACACAACUGGGAAUACCUGGGCAAGCAGCUGGAGAAGGAUAACGAGAACCAGAAGCAGGGAGCAGCUCCCAUCGCCGGCAAGGCCUAAGGCAGGAGAAUCCAAACCGAGUCAGAUCAGUCAUCCAUGCACCAGGCCGCCAGCCUGUCCAGACCUUAACUAAACAAUAAGAGUCGAUGGGGAGGUGGGGAGGAUGUAUGGUAUCUCUCCAGCUCCAACCUCCAACACACUUAACAUGAUGUUUGUUCUUGCUACCAUUUAAGCGCCUCUUUGUUCCCUGUCUAAACUAAGUUCUUGUUAGUCCAUAUCCCCCAUCUUUUACACCC